CUCGGGCCUCGGCGCCAGCCUCGGGGUCGACGGCCGAGCGCGUCGCUCUGUUCCCGGCCGGGCCGGCCUCGCGCUUCGUCUCGCCGCGUUCGUCCUGGGCCCGGGGCGUCUCCCGCGUUCGCUCUGGCUGCGCGGCGGCCUGACCGAUGGCCCCUCAGCGGAGGGGCGCGCCCAAGGCGCCCGAAGGCAGCGGGGCGGCCGAGCGCCGGCGCCCGAACAGUAUGAAGAAUGUCCGGGCACCAAGGGAGACGCAGAGGAAGUGGCUGAGAGCCGCCGCCCUGGGGGCCUGUGCUGCCCUCACUGCGCUCUUACUCUGGGGCAGUCUAGGGGGCGAUGAUGGCGUCACUGAGGUCCUGGCUCACCGCAGCGAGGUCCUACUGGGCAGGUUCAUUGAGGUGCCCUGCUCCGAGGACUAUGACAGUCACCGAAGGUUUGAAGGCUGCUCCCCUAGGAAGUGUGGUCGGGGUGUCACCGACGCCGUCAUCACCAGGGAUGAAGCCCGGCGGAUUCGCAGCAUAGCGGAGAAGGGGCUGUCACUGGGAGGAUCCGAUGGAGGGGCGUCCAUCCUGGACUUGCACUCGGGGGCCCUGUCUGUCGGGAGGCACUUUGUGAACCUGUACAGGUACUUUGGGGAUAAAGUACAAAAUAUCUUCUCAGAAGAGGACUUCCAGUUAUACCGGGAUGUGCGGCAGAAGGUCCAGCUCGCAAUCGCCCAGGCUUUUGGCAUCAGCGCAUCCUCACUAUACCUGACAAAGCCCACGUUCUUCUCCCGCAUCAAUAGCACGGAAGCGCGGACGGCUCACGACGAGUACUGGCAUGCUCACGUGGACAAGGUGACCUAUGGCUCCUUUGACUACACCUCGCUGCUGUACCUCUCCGACUACCUGGAUGACUUCGGCGGGGGGCGGUUUAUGUUCAUGGAGGAGGGGGCCAACAAGACAGUGGAGCCCAGAGCCGGUCGGGUGUCCUUCUUCACCUCAGGGUCUGAGAACCUGCACCGGGUGGAGAAGGUCCUCUGGGGUACCCGCUACGCCGUCACCAUCGCCUUCACCUGCAACCCCGACCACGGCAUCGCAGACCCAGUGCUCACGUAGCCGCGCGGUCCACGGCACCCUCCCUGAGCAUACGCCCCAGUCCCUCCCAUUUCAGCCCAUUUCCAUUGAACAAGGUGCCUUACAAAUCAUCCUGGACUUUGAUUUGCUGUUUCAAUUUCGAAUCAUUUCCUCUGUGGUUUCAAUCAUUUUUCGUCCAUGAGUAAAUUAAGGAAAUUGGCUUUCCUCCCCGAGCACCCGCGUGCUUGCUUUGAUGUGCGCUUGGCGACAGGGGCCUGGAAGCUGGCAGCGAGCCGACACCCCUCCUUCCUCAGGAUGGGAUCCCCGUGCCCCAGGUGGAAAGUCCCGUUUGUGAACACACUGAAGAGUCAUUCUCCUGGCCUCAUCUGAAUUCAGAGACCACCUGGCCCAUUGAACAUCGGCUUGAAUGUGGACGAUGCCAUGUGGGGCCAGCAGCCUCCACUCAGGGAGGCAGAAUCUGCAAUCAUGACAGCUCUGGAGAAGGUUCUGGAGAGAGCGUGGCUCUGGGAGGCAGACUGGGGCCCAGGACCAAAGACACCAGCGAUGCGAGUCCUGUCUGACACAGCAUCUUCUGGAAACCAAGCCAGUCACACCCGACUCAGGCAUCUGCAAGUGCCCCCCGGCAGAGCUUGGAGCUGAGAAGGCGGUUAGAGGGGCAGGUGGGGGCAGCAAGAGUUUGUCCCCCAAACUGUAUGUAUAAUCUGGGGAGCAUCCACAAAGUGGUAAGACAGACAAAGUAGAAAUAAAUUGAGGCCAAGGAGGAGAGAGCA